GUUAAAAAGCUCCUUCCAAACCUCCAAAGAAGAAUGAAACCUUUGCCUCAGUUCUGCCGGUCCUGGUACCAGAAACCCGACCCGGACUGGCCCAGACAAGACUUCUAGAUGAAGGCCGUGAUUCUCGCCGCGGGCUACGGAACCAGGCUGCAGCGGGACGUUUCCUCCGACCGCAGCGGCAGGUUCGCCCACCUGGUCGGGGUCCCGAAGCCGCUGCUGCCGGUGGGCCGGAGCCCGCUGAUCAGCCGCUGGGUCCGGGCGCUGACCCGGUCCGGAACCGUGGACGGGAUCUACGUGGUGACCAACGCUCUCCACCAGGCUGCGUUCGCCGUUUGGGCCGCAGAGUUUCCAGAAGUGCAGAUUCUCAGCGAUGAGACGCGAAGCAACGAAGAGCGGCUCGGCGCCGUCGCCUGCCUGCAGCUGGCGGUGAAGCACUUCGGCAUCCAGGACGGCGUGAUCGUGAUCGGAGGCGACACGCUGUUCAGGGAGGACUUCAGUCUGGGCCGGGUCGCACAGAAGGUUUCUGAGCUGCAGGCGAGGAGCGCCGACAGCUGCCUGCUGCUGUGCUACCGCUGCAGGGACGAAGAAACCCAGAAGUACGGGAUCCUGGAGGUGGACGAGGAUCUCCGGGUUCUUCGGAUGAAGGAAAAGCCGCGUCCUUCAGAGACCGAGUCCAGGAGAGCCUGUCCGUGUUUCUACGUCUUCUCCAAGGAGAGUCUUCCUCUGCUGGACGCCUUCCUGGAGGAGAAGAAGGACGCUCCGAUCGAAGAGCGCGACGCUCCGGGGAACUUUGUGUCGUGGCUCAUCCCGAGGAAGCCGGUUUUCACCCAGGAGAUCUCCGGACGCUUUGACGUGGGAAACCUGCCGUCUUACCUGGACUGUGACGUUUACUUCAGCGAGACGCUUCAAGACGACGAAUCGUUCAUGGUUUAAAGGAACCAACUUUUAAUAGGAAAUGAUUUUACAAUGAUUCAAACAGGAAAUCAGAGGCUGUCCGUCACCCGGUCAGCAGCCUCCUGCAUUUAUCGGACGCCUUCUCCCACCGGUCCUCCAUCUUGGCCACACGCGAGCCGAACUGCAUGGCCCGCUUGGGCAGGACGGCGGCUCGGCCGAGGCCCAGCUGCCGGGCCGCCGACCGCAGGAGGAGCUUCUCGCCGACGCCGCGCGGCAGAGAGAGGUCGGCCUUCAGCCAGACUGGCAGCGAGCUCAGGAAGCUGACCACGCCCUCGUCCAGGUACGGAAACCUGCAGGGACAAACGGGACGGAAACAACACAAACAAGGCAGCGGGUCGGAUCAGAACCAGUCAGCCAUUUCAUUCUGAGCAGCAGAAUAAAUUCAUCCAGGUUUAAGUUCUUAUUACAUUUAAAACAUUUAUUUCCUUUGGCUGCCUCAGUUUAACCUCCCAACGUUCGUCUGUCAGCAAAUCGAUGAAAAUUUACCAAUAAAAAAUUUAAAAGUCUA